AUGUUUUCAAGUGCUUCUGCUCCGGUGAAACGUGUUCUUUCUAAAUUCAAUUACUUGAGUAUAAACCACAAAAGACACGCUCAAGUAUCAAUUAUAGGGGCAGCUAAUGGUAUAGGAUCGAAUUUAGCUUUACUAUUGAAACAGAAUCAUAAUAUUAAACGCCUAAAUUUGUAUGAUGAUAGCGAGAGAGUUAUACCGAUAGGAGCAGAUAUAGCUGAAUUGCCGGGAGUUGCUCGCGUGACCACUUAUUGCGGACAUAGUUUUCUACCAGCUUCCAUAAGAUCAUCCCAUUUAAUAGUAAUGGUGUAUAGAAUACCAAGAAGACCCGGGUACAACCGAAGCCAAAUGUUAGCGGCCAAUGCACCCGCCGUUCAAAGACUUUGUAGAUCUAUUGCUGAUGUUAACCCGCAAGCAUUCUUAGCAAUAUCCACCAAUCCAAUAAAUUCCAUAAUACCGUUUGCUUCUGCGUUGCUGUUUAAAUACUGCGCAUACGACGCUGGGAAAAUAUUCGGCAUCACUCACAUUGAUACUAUCAGAGCGAAAGCGUACGUCGCGAAGACGUUAAAUAUUAACCCUGGUAAUUUGGAUAUACCAGUCAUCGGUGGCCAUUCUGAUGAAACUAUUGUGCCGUUGUUUUCAAGUAUGUCUCCAUCCCAUCACAGAUUAGACACGUGUCAAGCUGACACGUUAACGAAAUUGGUGAAGAAAGCCGGCAUGGAGGUAAUAAGAAACAAGCAGGGUAUAGAUUCAUCAGUCUUGGCAAUGGCUUGGUCUGUAAACGAGUUCGUGGGUAGUUUAGUUGACGCUCUAUCUGGUGGGACAACGACGGUGAAUGCUUUAACUUCGAAUCCCCAUCACGGAACACGGUUUUUUGCCGGUCCCACGACAGUAGGCUGCUACGGUAUCGUGGAGACGUGUGGCGCCAAUUAUGAAAUGUCUGAAUAUGAGAGGUAUCUUCUGGGUAAUGCUAUUACAACUUUAAACAAAGAAGUUAUGCUUGGUGAGGAUUACGCGCGCAUGGAAGCAGCUAAAUUAUAA